AUGACGACCGGCUCCAGUGUUCCAGCUGGAGUCUCUCCCCGCAGCGAUAGCCAUGGCGACGGCAUCGCGGACAGCCCGCAGAAUCCGAACAAGGCGCCCGCAACAGGUGUGCAGGCAGCGGGCAUGCGAGCCGUCGCAGCUCGUAUGGUCGCUUUUUACUUCCGAGCGCCAGUGAAGGCAUUCUUCCGGGGCCGGAUCGACUACAUGGGCUACGCAAGAGCUAUCAAUCCUCACAUUACGGCGGGAGCGAAAUGGUCAUGGAGAAUGACUACGCCUGCUGUCUUGGCACAUGCGAUUCGCACUGAGGGAUGGGGCUUCAUACCCAAGCAGGUGCUGCCGCCGCUGAUGGCCAAUACUUGGUACGACAUGAAGAAGAGGAUAAGCAUCGGCGCGGUGCUCUACACAGCAUAUCUCCACAGUCUCUCAUCUCUCCAUGAGCCGUCCUCGUACCAGACCAAGCCCCCAUUCGACGCCUUGCAGGUCCGCUUCCGCACUGCAGAUAUCUUAGACGGGAAGCACAAGACCAUGUGGCACUAUGCUGGCCAUAAGCUCCGCUCUAUUGGACUGCAAGGAAUUUUCGCGGGAUGGUCGUUGAGCUUUGUCAAGGACGCUUUUGGCGCCGCCGUCUUCUUUGGUACUUUCGAGACGGUCAAGAGCCAGGCAUACUACGCAUUCGUGACCAAGUACUACGGCACCCGCACGCGGGACACUCUGCUCAAGAAGGCUGUAGUCAUGCCAGAUGAGACAGACGAUCGUCCCGUUAUCCGACCGCAUUACACCCUUGAACCGAUCUUCCUGCUGCUCGCCGGCAUGUCUGCGUCCAUCACGUCCCAGCUCAUCAUGCAUCCCCUGACUGAGGUUCAAGACGUCCACUACCGCCGGCUAGAAGCUCUCGACUUCCAAGCACACUAUGAGAACAGGCCGUCACGCAUCAUGUCCCGCUACUACCAUGCCUACGAAGAGACGUUCGCUCAAUGCAAGAAGCUAGCCAAGCGAGCAGGCGGAUGGCGCAAAUACCUCUACCGCGACUUCUUCAUGGGCACCAUCCGCCAAGUCCCCAGCACCAGCGCCGGGCUAAUCGUCUUCGAACUCGUGCGCCGCAAGUACUCGUUCGAAAAUGAGGAAGUCGUCAUCGACCACGAAGACGCUCGAAUCCUGCUCACCUGA